CGCUUAUAUCAAGCAAUGGGUUGCACCAGUUACACAUCCUCAUAUUCUUCUUGGCAGUUCUUCAUGUGCUUUACAGUGCUGUCACAAUGCUUCUUGGGAGACUGAAGAUACGCGGGUGGAAGGCAUGGGAGGCAGAGACUUCAUCUCAUGGCUAUGAGUUUGCUACUGAUGCUUCGAGAUUCCGGCUAACUCAUGAAACAUCGUUUGUGAAAGCCCAUGCAACUUUUUGGACUAGAAAUCCCGUCUUCUUCUAUAUCGGUUGCUUCUUUAGACAGUUUUAUAGGUCUGUGGGUAAAGCUGACUACUUAGCUCUUCGCAAUGGUUUUAUCAGUGUCCAUAUGGCUCCUGGAAGUAAAUUUGACUUCCAAAAGUAUAUCAAAAGAUCCUUGGAGGACGACUUCAAGAUAGUUGUUGGAGUCAGUCCUGUCCUCUGGGCGUCGUUCGUCAUUUUUCUACUACUAAAUAUUAAUGGAUGGCAUGCUAUGUUUUGGGCAUCCUUAAUUCCUGUCGUGAUAAUUUUGGCUGUUGGAACAAAACUUCAAGCCACAUUAGCAAAUAUGGCUAUAGAAAUCACAGAAAAGCAUGCUGUUGUCCAAGGGAUUCCUCUUGUUCAGGGCUCUGACCAAUAUUUUUGGUUCGGUCGGCCUCAGUUAGUUCUUCAUCUUAUUCACUUUGCUUUGUUCCAGAAUGCAUUCCAAAUAACAUAUUUCUUGUGGAUAUGGUACACUUUUGGGUUUAGAAACUGUUUUCAUGCUGACUUCAAGCUUGCAAUACUUAAAGUAGUUUUAGGGCUUGGAGUGCUAUGCCUAUGCAGUUAUAUCACGCUUCCGUUAUACGCUCUUGUUACUCAGAUGGGCUCAACAAUGAAAAGAUCAAUAUUUGAUGAACAAACAUCUAAGGCGCUAAAGAAAUGGCACAUGGCUGUGAAAAAGAAGCAUGGAGAGAGGCUAGGGAAGUCGAAGGCGCGAACCUUGGACGACGGAAGUACCAUUGGUUCGACGGUGCAUUCUUCAGGACCAAUGCUACACCGCUUCAAAACCACCGGCCACUCGACACGGCACACUUCAUCCUAUGAGGACCAUGAUGAUGACGAAGAUUAUCAAUCUGAGACUGAAUUGUCUCCCAUUACUCCAAGAUCAAGCUUGAUAGUGAGAGUGGAUAAUGGUGACCAGCAAGAAGAAAUAGCAAGAGAAAAUAGGCACCCCACUGUUGGAGAACAAACCAAUAAUGGUUUUGGAGGUUAAUCUAUUAAUCUCCCUUCCCUCCUUUAAUUUUUUUAAACGUAUUUAUACAUCGGUGAAAACUCUGUACAGUUGUCUUGAUGCGAAGUUAGUUGAGAACUGUUAGAUGAUUCUACAUGUUUGACUAAAUUAUUAUUUAACCACUCUCAACUAUCAACUUCACGUGAAAACAACUAUACGUGAGUCUUCACCUUAUAUAUCUCUUUGUAGAUAGGAAUAUAUAAUUCACUUUUGUAUAUUGUAAUAUAUAUUAGUCUUUUGAAUUUGUGGAUAGAACAUCAAAAUGUGAAAUAAUCUAUCCUUCACAGUGAAAUAGUUAAAAAUCAAAGAACCAGUCAUUUACAUA